GUGCUGAAUGCAAAUUAUUGUUUACUUUUUGUCAAUUUUCGUCUGGCAUUUUAAAUGUCGUGCAUAUUGUAGAUAUACUGAAAAUUUCAUGUGAUGCUGAAGUAGUAUUUUGGUUUUGAAACAGUAGAUGGUGGUUAAAAGAGCAUCGGGUAAAUCGGAAACAAUUGUAAACCGACAGUCACAGUGCGACACGCUAUCAAUGUAUCAUGCUAUGAUCAUGAUCGUGUUAUCCACGGAUUAAACCCCAAAAGAGAACAACAUGAAUCACCAUCCUAAGCGGCGGAAGAAGCGCCCUGUACAUGGCAUUAAGACUGUCGAUGUAAUUCGGGGUCGUUCUGGAUACGGCUUUACUAUAUCUGGUCAACAUCCAUGUGUUCUCAGUUGCAUUGUUAGCGGCAGUCCUGCAGAGGUGGUUGGGCUGAAACCCGGAGAUUACAUAGUUGCUGUCAAUGGGGAAAAUGUCACGAAAGCCAGUCACGAUGAUGUUGUUCGGAUCGUUGGCCUGUCUACAGGAACAAUCGAACUUCAAGUGGCAGAAAAUUACAACAGUUCCGAUUCCUCGGAUGAUGAUUAUCCUCCAAGAACGAAAUCCCGUUAUCCGAAUCGCAUACGGCCAAGACAUGGGCAUGCUGGCAAAGAUAAGUACCAGUUCUCAGAAGUACCUAGACUCAGUGGACACUUACAUUCUUAUGGGGAACUAAGGGGAAGUAAUUCGAGGAAUAGAAACCACGCUCCGGUAGGUGCGGAACCGGACAUGUCUAAUUCUGCCAGCAGCCAGUCGCAGAGUUCUUCUUUCACAUCACAGGAACCUACCAACUCUUCUGCCAACACGGCAUCAUUUAACAGUUUUUCAGUUCAUAACCGGACGCGCCAGUCACAGAGGCAAGAAUCCAAAUCGAGUUUGAACAGCAAGAAUGGUCUGUCAUGUUCGUCAACAUCGGUCCAGUUUCAAGAACUACAAACGUCUCAUGAAAUGUCCAGCAUGAUGCGACAUUGCAGUGACGGACGUCUCCAGGAAGCUCUGUCUCAUAGUCGUGAUAGACACGAUCUGAUUGACCAUGUUUCGCGACAUGCCAGUUGCAGCAAUUUACAGGGUGCCUCAGCAAUGGCAGCCUUACCAUGUGCAAAUUGUAGUCAGGGUGACCAAGACGAUGAUGACAGUUUUGAAAUGAACGUAGUCGGAGAUAUCAGAGCUGUUGUGGGCUACGUUGGUUCCAUUGAAAUGCCCGGUAAUGCAAACCGGACUCACCAAAGACUACAGUCUCUGAGGAAUGCAGUGCGACGCUUACGCAAAGAGCAGAAGAUCCACACGCUGGUUUUGAUGGAGGUUGGUGAGGAUGGUGUGAAGUUGACCAACUCAACGGGAUGCUCCUUGGCUCAAUACCCCGUCGAAAGACUGGUUUUCAGCGGAAUCUGUCCCGACGACAAGAGAUUCUUUGGAAUCGUGACCCUCCAUAGCAGCUCUGACGAUGUCAGUGAACUUAGCCAGCAGCAAGCAGACCAUGCUGUGGCCAGCUCCUGCCACAUUUUCAUGGUCGAUCCUGAGCUACGAUCUCACAACAUGCAUGCUCAGAAGGCCCGCACUUUCAAUAUUCAGUGUACCGUUAAUCCGGAAACCCAGCGGUGUCGAGAGUUUCCCAGGUCGGCCACGGCCAUCAUACUUUCAGUUGCCAACCUGUACAAGAACCGACCACAGGCCAGUUAUGACAACGACAUUGUCCAGUCCCAGGCGUUUGCAGACCCAGCUCGCGCUGUUCAGCGCAGCAGUAGCAACAGCUCGAACAGUGACAGUGGGUUAGGCUUUGGAAAGGAAGACCGAGCAAAUGAACAGGUGUUUGUGGUUGAGAUGCCUGUAGAAAACCGACAGCAUUCGAACAGUGCUCAUUCUGAAUCACUACCUGCAUUUCCUGUACAGGCAGCUCAGGAACAUCCACAUAUAUCCCCCGAUGUUCCAACUUUACCCACACCCAGAAAGUCAGCUUUCAGCAGGCCGCAUUCAGCAUUUGAAAUGUGCCGUGCCAUCAAUAAUUCAACAAUUAGCGAGGAAUGCUGGCAAGGAAACAAACUGAACCUACGGGCGAUGGGCGACACUUCCAAGACAUCGAACAUAUGGCGUGCCAAGUCUUCCGACGAUCUCGACAAAGCGAACAGUGCUGAGAACCUCCGUCACAGCAUGCAUAAGCUUAUGCAGGCUCGUCAACGCCACAAGAGUGAACAGACGGUGAGUAGCGACAGUGAGUCUCAGACAUCGGGUCACAGUGACUUCACACCGACCAACAGACCGAGUUUUUCUUCACGAAGACCUGUAUCUGCACCAUUUGCUCAGCUGUCGCACCUACAUUCUGUCAGCGAUAAAGUGGAAAUGGUCGAUAUGGCGGUGGACAAACUCAGCCCACGAGUGUUCUUCCGUCCUCCUGAUCCAACUUUGCGAUCACCGUCAGCACCCACAAUCCCUUACUUUAAUCACCAUGACGAUGAUGAUUCUGAUGAGUCUGAUGAAGAAGAAGAGGAUCCGAUGGUUAGAGGAAUAAUUUCCAGGCUGAAUCGAGACAAGGCGUUUGGGAUGACUGGUGAAGAUCCACGUAGAUUUUCAGAGGGCUACAUUUUGGCAAAAAAGCGAGAGAAAGAAAAGGCGAGUUUAGAAGCUGUUCAAAAGUGGAGCAAGAGAGGCUCGUUCCAGAAUCAAAGAAACAUGAAACUCCAGCUGCCAAUCAGCCAGUCACAUGAAUCCCUAAUUGAGCCUGAUGUUCACUCAAAGUUGGUCAACGCAACAAGUGUGAACAAUAUUGCUAGUCAUGACCGAGAAGAAAAACGGGAAGUCGGAAGAGUUGCGGGAUGGGCCGUCAGUUUUGACAAACUUUUACAUGACUUUGGAGGUGUUGCAGUGUUUACUGAAUUUCUCAAGAAAGAGUUCAGUGAAGAAAAUAUUAUUUUCUGGCAGGCUUGUGCCGAUUACAAGAAGUUAACAAGUGAUGACCAGAAAAAAGUAAAGGCCAAGGAGAUUUACAACAGACACCUGUCCGUGAGGGCCCCAGACCCAGUAAAUGUGGACAGUUCGUCCCGUCACCAGGCCGAGAAGUUUCUCGACAACCCAACGUCCAUCAUGUUUGACAUGGCUCAGAUGCAUAUCCACCAGCUGAUGAAACAGGACAGCUACGUUCGCUUCCUGAAGUGUGACCUGUACAAGGUGUACCUGAUGCGCGAGAUGGAGGGCCAGCCCCUGUGUCUGCCCCUGAAGGAGGACCUCAACAUUGUGCUGGAGAAGGAGAAAAGCAAGAGCGGCAAAGGGAAGGAAAACGAGAAAAGAAGGCGGUCGCUUCUGCCUUGGCGGCAAGGCAAAAGCAAGCAAAGCGCGAAGGCGGCAUCCAACUCUGAGCUGAAAUUGCUCGGAAAAGAUGUGAAGAGAUUGGGCAAGGAAGUGAACAACAACUCUAAGAAGCCUCCAGGGCCUGGCAUCGACCUUAGUACAAUGAGGAAAGAAGUUUUUCAAACUAAGGAGGAAAUGCGAGAUGUCAACGAAGGCCAGUUUAAGUUCUGUAGAGUUGUGCUUCCUGACGGUUCCACGACAGUGGUGUGUGCGAAGCCAGGACAGUCGAUCCGAGCAGUUCUCGGCAAGCUGUGUGAGAAGAGAGGGCUGUCCAUCGCUGCUGUCGACGUCUUUAUGCUGGGAGCUGACAAGCCCUUAGACCUGGGUGAUGACGUGUCGACAUUGGGGUCGAAGGAAGUGCUGAUUGAACGAAGAGUGCUAUUCCGCAUGGACUUGCCAAACAAGAAGUCAAUUGGGGUCAAGGCUAAGCCAAACCGAUCAAUACGAGACGUUUUCAAACCAAUCCUCAACAAGUAUGGCUACAGAAUUGACAACAUUUAUAUACAGCUUACUGGACUGGACAGUUACCUUGAUGCUGAAAUUCCUGUAUCAGACAUUGACAAUCAAAGAGUUGUGAUCAUUCCCCGUGACGAGACAUCUGAGUGGGCUGGCCAGGAUGGAGCCAGUAGCCAUGUAACCAUGGCAAUGCCCUCACAACAUCCUCCACUUCCGCCCGCUAGGCACAAAUACGGGAGUGGUAAUGUUAAGGCGGCCACGUCUCUGGAUGAACUUACUAAUCGCAUAUUUGAUGACUUGAUGAAGGGCAAAUCGGAAAUUGCUCAUGGGUUUGAUGAGCUGGGAGUUGUUGAGCUAGACAGGCAGAAGAAAAACCACGAAGACAAUCGCUUAUCCGCCUUAUUCGGCCUUCGGAAAAAAGACUCGCUGGGCGUACGAGAAGCCAAGCAGAAGGCAAAGGUCAAAGCGACAGCUGUUCUCCCAAGGACUGAAGUUCAUUUUAGGAGACGAAAUUCAGAAGAUGAAAAGUUGUUUGAGUUGCUGUCACGAGCUCAGAGUCAGCGAUUGGAUGAUCAGAGAGGAGUGGGCAUGCCCAAUCCAGAGAUCCCCGAGUUUUUACGGAGAGCGCCUGAACCGGACGACGUGAAUACGCUGCUCCGGUGUCAGUCGACCGGAGACCUCUUCGAUGACGUUGAAUACAUGCAGGCCGAUGGUGCACAUUCUGCCAGAACCACAGAGGGCACAGAUCAGCACGACCAGAAUGUCACCCGUCGGAGCCUCUCUUCCGUCAACAUAGACGCAAAUUGUUCUGCCCAGUCUGAUGACUUCACGUUCUCCAAUCGAAGUUUCUCGUCGGAUGGAUUUUUUCCAUCAACGGAAAUGGCCGAUGCCUAUUUUCAGAUGCAACCAGUUAUUGUGGAAACGUGCAGUUCCGACGUAGAACGCUCUCAAGUGCGAUUCCGUAAAGACGUACAGCGCGGUGCUAAUGGUGGUGCUGAUGUGUUUGGUUUCCAUCAACAGAGUACAUUUCCAUCAGGGAUGGGCAAAGAUGCGGCGCCCGUUGCCUCUCCCGAGCGUUUUUCUCCCGGUCCCAACCCACAUCAUCAUCACCACCAUCAUCAUCAUCAUCGGUGGUCUGAGAGUCUGGACGACACACUAAUUAACUCACCAAGGUAUUCGGUACAUGAUGAGACGUUAGAGAACUCGCCGAGGUAUUCACCUCAUAAAAGACUUUCACCUCCACCUCUUCCCAUGCCGUGUAAAACAGCUGGUGCUUCACAACGCAAGCACGGUCGGGAUGCAGACUUCAGUCCUUCCACUCCGGCGGAACAGAACAAAAGCAGCAGACAGUGUGAGGACUCGAAGCAGAGACAGCACGUGGACAGUUCACAGCGUAAACAACUGAAUGUGAACAAAUACAUGCAGCCAGUGAACAGGUGCAAUGUGGAAAAUAUCGAGGCUAGCUGGACCAAAGAUAAAUUAAUGUCAAAAUGUGUCAAGUCUGGAAGCAGCAACGCAGGCAUGACGCCCAAAGUGUUGAAAGACAAACACGAAAAUGGUCCAAAACCGGUUGUGUUGGAACUCUCCACAAAAGACGAAUUAGUGACUUUUGUAUGACCAAUUUAUGUAAAUAUUAAUGUAUAUAUACUUAUAUUUAUAUACAAAAUGCAAUUUUUCAAAUACAGUUUACAAAACUUAAAAA